AAGGAAAGGAGUGGACGGACCGGAAGUGGGGGAACGGAAGCGAGGCCGGACCGGAAGCCUUCGAGCGGAAUAAAAAGGACGUCGGACCGGAAGUCCCGCUGAGCGAUCAUGGAGGCGGCUGGAGGCAGGUUUUUACUGGAUUCCUAGCUGAACGUGUUGUCCAGAGCCCAAGAUGUCCCAGGCGACAAAGAGGAAACACGUGGUCAAGGAGGUGCUGGGAGAUUAUGAGCCACCUUCAGAGAAGCAACAAAUUGUGCGGGUGGUCGGAUCGCCAGGAAACAACCUUCACGAAGUGGAAACGGCACAGGGAGAGCGGUUCCUCGUCAGCAUGCCCACCAAAUUUCGCAAGAACAUCUGGAUCAAGCGGGGUGACUUUCUGAUCGUGGACCCCAUCAAAGAAGGGGACAAGGUGAAGGCAGAAAUUAACUCCAUCCUGUACAAGGAGCACAUCAAGCAGCUCAGGAAAGAAGGACUGUGGCCUGCCAGCUUCUCGGACCCAGUGACGGAGAGCACUGUGAGUAACCCAAAGACAGACAGCAGCAAUCGGGGAUCAGAGGAAGAGUCUGAGGAGGAUUCUGCAGAUGACAGUGACCUGUUUGUCAAUACAAACCGAAGGAAUUAUGAGUAUUCAGAAAGUGAGGAUGAUGAGGAGGAGGAGGAGGAGGAGGAGGGAGCAGUUUAGAGGUUGGACUUCCUCAUCCAGGACAGCAGCAAGUGUUUGCCUGACAUUUGUUGGUGAAACGUUGAUUAUUUCUGUUUGAAGGCUGUGAGAAGGGUCACUGCCCGGUCACAGGGAGGACAUCUUUUCUGCACCUUUCCUCACUUUGCAGCAGGUUCCUGUGUGCGCACAUCUACAUCCAUUUUAAAACGUUCUGCCACACUGUGCCUGAGAAGGCGGUGGCUAUUGAGGCUGAGCUACGAGCACCGCACUGAGUCCCCAGGGACUGUCUGCAUUGUUUGUCAUAUUUUUGGCUUUGUUUGUGGGGAGGGGGCCUAGGCUUGGGUGGGAGGGAGUUUGAAAUACUGUUCCUGUGUAAAUAAAAAUUGGACAGGUGUGGAAUAGUUUGUCUUAUUUUAAGAGGAGGGAACAGAAGUUUGUGUGAGAGGGGAAGGGAGUAUCAGCUACUUACAUAAUUCAGCAUUGCCACUCCAUGGCUAGAGGGAACAAGAGAUUAGAAGUGAGGCUAUUCCUCCCUGCAGCGGAGGAAUAUUUGAAUGAUUAAAAGGAUUUUUCACUGA